CAGUUGGUCGUUUCCAAAGUUGUCGGCUAUUGCGCGGCGGAAUUACAGACACCCGCAGCCAACAUGGAUCGGCAGCAACUGAGCGAUCUGGAGCGAGACAAACAGUACUGUGAACUUUGUGGGAAAAUGGAGAACCUCCUCAAAUGUGGAAGGUGUCGGAACUCCUUCUAUUGCAGCAAGGAGCACCAAAAACAACACUGGAAGGAACACAAGCUGAAAUGCAAGGAGGCGGACAAGGCGCAGCAGAAGCAAGCCGAGCCGGCGGUGCGACAGGCGGCAGAGGAGAAGACGCGGGACGGGAAUGGACAGAACAAGAAACCCCCAGAGCCAGAGCAGGGAGACAGGGACAAGGAAUCCGCAUCUUUACCCACGAACCCCGAGGCAGAUGGAGGAGAGGACAAACCUAACAGCACAGGCACGCCUAAUGGUCAGACUAGCUCAUCUCUAAAGAAACUCGCCUUGGAGUAUAUUGUCCCGUGCAUGGACAAACACGGCAUGUGCGUAGUGGACAACUUUUUAGGAGUAGAUACUGGACAGGGUAUUUUGGACAAUGUUAAAGCAUUGCAUGACACUGGCAAGUUCACUGACGGUCAGCUGGUUAGUCAAAAAAGCGACUCCACUAAAGACAUUCGUGGGGAUAAAAUCACGUGGAUUGAAGGGAGGGAACCGGGCUGCGAGAAGAUCCGCUUUCUCAUGAGCCGCAUGGACGACCUCAUCAGGCACUGUAAUGGCAAACUGGGAAACUACAAGAUAAACGGAAGGACGAAAGUAAGUGUUGAGGAUGAUUAAAGUACAGACCCUUUUAAAUCAAUCAGAAUAGUAAACAACCCCGGAAUGCAGGGAGAUGGAGGCAAAAUGAAGUGGACCGAAGUCAGGUCUUAAUACUAAAGAUUUAAAGUCUUUUAUAAUAUAAAAUCAGCUAUAAAAUUGCUGUUUACAAUUUAUAGACGCCAGUUAGUUUGCUGCUCUUUUACAAAAAUCAUUUCUAGCCCCAAAUAUUUAUC